AUGGCGCUGUCUACACCCCUGGAGAUGGAAGGAUAUAAACGAGCCAUGGGCAGCCCAACUCGAAGAAAAAGAGUCAUCAGACAAACAACGAAAAAUGGAUUCAUGGCUCGAACCAAGGAAGAAGAGACCGAAUGGCAGACUCACCGCGACGAGCUCAAGGCCUUGUGGCUGGAUCAGCGACGGACUUUAGAGCAGAUCCAAGAGCAUAUGUCCCAGAGGCACAGUUUCCGCAAAAGCGCACCUCAGUACACCCGGCAGUUCAAGAAAUGGGGCUUCAAAAAGAACUUGACCGACGAAGACUGGAAAUUCGUUGCGCAUCGUCGCGAGAAGCGGAAACGAGACGGAAAAGACCCGGGUGACGUCAGGGUGCACGGCAACCUCAUCCCUGAACCAAAGGUCAGAAAGGAAACAGCUCGUCAUGUUUCAUUAUUGUCGCAGUGUUUGGGGAUGGGAGGCUCUGACCCCAAGACUCCUGAAGGGGUCGUCGUGGGUACGCCCCGGUUAGAAAUAGACGGUACUGUGUCCGACGAUUCCGCGGUCGUCCUUGCGACGGACUGGGGCCAGGGCGUGAGCGUUGAUGAUAUCGAUGUUGGAACUUCAACAAUGUUCCAAUCCACCGAUCGGGACCCUCACGCCUCCCGCAUUGAGGUCCCGGAGCCGAGAUAUUCGCAGUUUUCUUUCCAAGGGAAUGUGGCACCCACCGCAACUCCUUCCGCAGCUCCUUCCUAUCUCAGGCAUGCUACCUUGGACCAUCGUCUGCCUGUGUCAAUGUCUGCUAGUACACCAAUAUCUAUAACGACGAGCACACAUAUCCAGGAAGACGUUGAUUCCAUCGGCAACGCCAUUGCUGAAGAGACCCGCUGGACACCCUUAGAGCAGACCGAUCCGUACAGAGCUCCUACUCCCAACGAUCCAAUUUCAGUCCUGGAGCAUAUUACCGUAGAGGAUGCCAACCGCGACUUGACAAGACGAGCCGAGGCGAUAUUUCAAUCGCCUUCCCCGGAGAAUAUGUCUCACUAUCUCAGUCUCUGCGUCUACCUGUCGUCUAAUAACAUGAUGAGCCAGACGUCAACGUACGGUCUGGUAUUUCUUAUCAAGAAAAGUGGCUUUCAGUCAAGACUUAAAGCCCUCUUGAAAUCAACAACCAGGACAAUCGAGAUAAUCAUGGGUAACCUAUUAGCUAGUGCAGCGGCCGUGGGAGACAUUGAGAUCUGUCGAAUCCUUAUCGAGGCUGGAGCGGAUCUAGAUGCACCUAGUGGGAUGGGUAUGCGAGAAACAGCUCUUCACCGAGCACUCUGGGAGAAUAACGUGGAGUGUGCGAGGACGCUGCUGGAGGCAGGUGCAAACCCCAAUUUAGCAGUGGAUGAGCUGACACCACUACACACGGCAUACGAUAUGUCCGAAGCACUUGAUUUUGUGGACCUCUUACACCAAUUUGGAGUGACGUUAAUCCACCGCAAGGCUGCAGCGGUUGAAAACGGCCAUGUGUAUAUGGUGAAGAUGCUACUGAAGCAUAGCGCGAAGAUCAAGUCAGACAGAGCUAAAUUUGACGGGAUCUCGGUGAUGGAAGCUGCCGCCAAGACAUGCAAUCAAGAGCUACAACUUUUCCUCGAUGAAGAACCUGACAUCAUAUCAGCUGAGCCCAUCACGAAGAGUCAAGUUAUAGGGCUAGCUCUGAACUGCUGGAAAUGCGACGUGCCUUUGCUGGAGCUGCUGCUCAAGGGAGGAGCAGCCGUUAACAUUAACCCAUGCCCUCAAGUGGUGGAGUGUCUGCUUUCUGCAGGGGCCAACAUAAACCACCACUGGGAAAGCAGCUUGCCUGGCAAUGUCACGGCCCUUCAGGCCGCCGUUUCUACGCAAAAUAUCGACACCGUCCUGUUACUGCUCGAAAGAGGCGCCGACGUCAAUGCACCAGCAAACAAGAAUGGAGGGAAGACUGCGCUGCAAAGAGCAGUAUCACAGAACCAUCAAGUUAUGACGGAGCUCCUGGUGCAUCAUGGGGCUGAUGUCAAUGGCUCGCCCAGUCCAGUCCGAGGCCGGACGGCUCUCCAAGAGGCUGCAAGCUCGGGUUAUGUGCAGCUCUCUGAAUAUAUACUGGCUCAUGGAGCCGAUAUCAAUGCUCUAGCAGCACAUUUGGGUGGUGUCGCCUUGCAAGGGGCCGCGAUGCACGGCAACUAUUGCAUUGUGAUGAUGCUCCUUCUGGCCGGGGCAGAUGUCAAUGGGGCGCCUGCCAUUGAGCAGGGAUUAAACGCCAUUGAAGCCGCUGUAGGGAACGGCAGGCCUCUCAUUCUACAUCUCCUGUUGAACUAUCACCCUGAUACCGAAGAAUUUGAGAUCACGAGAAAAAGAGCGGCGAAACUUGCACUCGCAAAUGGUCUCCUGGCCAUUGGGAGAUUUCUACUGGCUUAUCGUAAACAUCCUUGA